UGUCACUCUAUUUCUGACUCCAUGCCCGUCUCAGUCUGUCCUGCCCGGUCUGUGUCUGUGGUUUGUUUGUGUGGCGUCCUCACAGGAUUUUAACCACCUGGAUCUUUCAGCUGUUUCUUUUGCCAUCCUUCGAAGGUUGUUUGUCUGUGCGCACACACACCGCCGCUCUGACAUCACAUCUGGCUGACGUCCGUGUGACCCCCACCAACACAUCCCUGAACACCCCCAACACACCCCACCACCCCAACCCAAGCAACCAUGGCACUUUCUUCACGCUUAAAACUGUGGGAGCAGAAGAUAAAGGAGGAGAAAACGCCGGUGGCCGCGGCCGAACCUCCACCACCUCUGUCAGCUCUGCCAGGCGGCUUCCUCAAACAGCUGGUCAGAGAUUCAGAGAAGGAGACCAAACACAAAGAGCCAGAGGCCAAAGACGAGAGACCACCAAACAAACUGAGCGGCAACCUCGUGCAACAGUUCCUCCUCCCAGAUCAGACUCCUCCCAUCCUCGAGGCUGAGAUGUCCCUCCGGGCAGAGCAGCUGAUCCAGAACAGCAAGCAAGGACGCACCUCGGCCCGGUCAGACAGCCAGUCCUCGUCUCACAAGCAGGUAGUCAGUCCUGAACCUGGCAAGAAACAGGAAGCCACAAAGGAAGUAACACCAGAGCCACCAAAGCAGCGACAGGAUGUGAGGUCAGAGAACAGCAAGAAGACGCCACAGGCCGAGCAGAAGAAGGGGAGGAUAGAGGAGGUGAAGCAGUUGGUGAAGAAAGAGGAGGGGAUGGAGGAGAGGCAGGAGCCAGAGGGAAGGCAAGCAGACACAACCAUAACAGAGCGUGACAGGAAAGAGGUGAAGGAUGUUUGGUAUGAAGCUGGAACUGUGUGGUUUGUCCACAAGGAUGGUUUCACCCUCGCCACUCAGCUGAAGCCAGAUGAAGGCACACCUGAACUCCCAGACGGCCGAGUGAGGGUCCGACUGCAGACAGAUGGGUCGCUGCAUGAUGUUACAGAGCACGAGAUUGAGAAGUGUAACCCAUCAGAGCUGGACCUGUGCGAGGAUCUGAGCGACCUGCAGAGUGUGAAUGAAUGUGGAGUUCUGCACACUCUGAGCAGCCGAGCUAAAGCCAACAUGCCGCUCACGCAAGCAGGACCCAACUUGGUCAACUUCUGGCCUCCGUUACAGGCCCACAGCAAGACUCCAAAGUCUCGGCGAGGGGAGUCAGUGUGGGAUGCUCCUCCUGCGCUUUCCGCUCUGGUGAAACGGGUGUACGUGUCCAUGGUCGGCACCAGAAGAGACCACAGCGUGUGCGCAGUUGGUCGCAGCGGGACCGGCAAGACCACCGCAUGCCAGGCCUUCACACACGCUCUCCUCAAACAAGCUGGUACAACCGGAGAGAAGAUCAGCAUGGAGCGUGUACAGGCGAUGUUCACCGUCCUGAGGUCUUUUGGCUGUGUGAGCUCUCAGCACAGCGACGCUUCAUCUCGGUUUGCCAUGGUCUUCUCCCUGGACUUUAACCACGCUGGACAGGCUGCUGCUGGACACCUACAGACGAUGAUGUUGGACAAAUGGAAGGUGUGUCAGAAAACUCAAGGAGAGAGUAACUUCCUGGUUUUCUCUCAGAUGCUCGGAGGACUCAGCACAGAGAUGAGGACAGAACUGCAGCUGCACCAGCUUUCUGAGUCCAACUCCUUUGGUAUCGUUCAUCCAAUCAAGGUUGAGGAAAAACAGCGGGCGUCCGUUGCCUUCACCAAGCUGCUGACUGCCAUGGAAACACUCGGGUUCUCAGCCAGCGAGCAGAAGGCUAUAUGGCAUGUUCUGGCUGGUAUUUACCAUCUGGGAGCUGCCGGAGCCUGUAAAGUGGGCAGGAGGCAGUUUGUGAACUUCGACAGUGCUCAGGUGGCCAGCAGUGUACUCGGCUGUGAGGGAGAGGAUCUGCACACUGCUGUCUUCAAACAUCACCUCCGACAGCUGCUGCAGAAAGCCACCGGAGGUAGCAGAGAGAGAAAUACUGAGUCAGAUGAGGGUCCCAGGUUGACAGCUGCUCAGUGUGUUGAAGGAAUGGCUGCUGGACUCUAUGAGGAACUCUUCUCUGCCAUAGUCUCACUUAUCAACAGGUCUCUGAGCGGUCAGCAGCUGACGUUGGCCUCCAUGAUGGUGGUGGACACGCCGGGCCUGAGGAACCCCAGACACUCUGCAGAGGAGCGAGCAGCCGGCUGGUCCGAGCUCUGUCACAACUACCUGCAGGAGAGGCUGCUGGAGCACUACCACACACACACCUUUACGCACACACUGGAGAGAUACACACAGGAGAAGAUCCCCGUGGAGGUGGAGUGUCCCGAGAACAGCCCGGCUGAGGUGGUGUCUGCUAUCGACCAGCCGCCUCCACAGGUCCGAGCGGCAGAUGGAGACCCCAGAGGUCUGUUAUGGGUUCUGGAUGAAGAGAUGUUGACACCAGCCUCCAGUGAGAACAGCGUCCUGGAGAGAGUCUGCCAAUAUUACAGCAACGCUGUGCGUCAGUGCGAGCAGCCGCUGCAGUGUGAGGUGAACCACCUGAUGGGCUGUGACCCUGUCCGCUACGACCUCACUGGAUGGUUUGGUCGGAUCCAGAACAACCCGUCUACUCUGAACGCCAUCUCUGUGCUCCAGAACUCCACAAUAGGGGUGGUGAAGGCCAUGUUUACCCCCAGAAUCUCUCUGCCCCCUCUGUGCCGAGGUCUUGGGGGUCUGGAGGGCGGCAGCCAGCGCUCUCUGCAGAGGAACGGCACCAUCAGGAAAACAUUUAGCGGAGGGAUGGCAGCCAUACGCAGACUCUCCCAAUGUAUUGCAGUAAAACUACAGGCAGAUGCUCUAGUGAACCUCAUUCGUCGAGCCAGGCCGGUGUUCCUGCAGUGUGUGAGUGCAAAGACAGACGGUGGAAGUCUUGACGUCCCGGCUCUCAGAGUCCAGCUGCACUCCACGCAGAUCCUGUCGGCCCUGCAGCUCCACCGCACAGGUUUUCCAGAGCACAUGACUUUCAGUGACUUCAGGUGUCACUUCCAGGCGUUGUCUCCUCCAAUUAUGAAACGUUACGCUUCAAUGUUUGUCAGCCACGAUGAAAGAAAGGCGGUGGAGGAGUUACUGGCUGAGUUGGAUCUGGAUAAAAGGAGCAUCGUGCUGGGCGCCAGCAGGGUGUUCAUGAAGCGAGGUGUGCUGCGCUACCUGGAGCAGCAGAGGGACCAGCAGGUGACCGGCUGGUUGGUCUAUCUACAGGCCUCCUGCAUGGGACAUCUGGCCCGUCAGAAAUAUCGCAAGCUCAAGGUGCAGCAGAUGGCGGUCAGGUGUCUGCAGAGGAACCUGCGCGCUCUGAGGGUCGUGUCCAAGUGGAGCUGGUGGAAACUUUUCUGCAGAGUGCGUCCUCAACUCGACGUCAACAUGGACAACGAACGGCUCAGAGCUAAAGAGGAUGAGAUAUCUGCUCUGAGACGACGCCUGGAGAAAUCAGAGAAGGAGAGGAAUGAGCUGAGGCAGACGGUAGACAGCCUGGAGACCAAGGUUACAGCUGUAACAUCCGAGCUGAGCGAUGAGCGUUUUCGUGGCGACGCGGUGGGUCAGGCUCUGGAUGUGGAGAGGGCAGAGAGACUUCGACUCAGCAGGGAGAACAAAGACCUGCAGGCUCGUCUAGAUCAGUGUAAAGUCACCAUGGAAACACUGGAGAAGCAGCUGGAGGAGGAGAAACAGAAAGCCCAGAUGGCUGAGAGUCAGCGAGGAGCAGGGACAGACAGCGAGCUGGCCAUGCAGCUGGAGUGCUGCCAGACGGAGGUUGAAUUUGUCCGCAGACGACUCAAGCAGACAGAAGAAAAACUGGAGACGGAGAGACAGACCCGACAGCAGCUCGAUACCAAGGUGGCGGCCCUGCAGGCCCAGCUGGAGCAGUCCAGACGGAGCGUGGCAGAACUGAAACGUCACUCUCGCCGCGUGACCUCUGACCUUCAGGAUGCCCGAGUCCUCACUGACAGCCUGCAGAGCCGCAUGCACGAGCUGGACCGCAAACAGAGACGGUUCGACAGUGAGUUGACUCAGGCUCUGGAGGAAGCUGACAAUGAGAGAGAGCAAAAGGACAAAGCCUUUCAGGAGAACACAGCUCUGGGGGCUGAGAUAUACACCCUGCGCCGCAGCCUACAGGAGAGCCAGUCAGAGGUGAGCCGUCUGCAGAAGCAGAAGGAGGAGUUAUGCGCUCAGAUCCGUGACCUCAGCCUGCCUGUUGAUCUCGCCGCCGAUUCACUACCUGACCUCAAGAAACAGCUUCGCCUCCUGGAGAGUCAGGCCAGCGAGAGAGGGCAGGAAAUCACCACGCUCACCGCCAAGAUACAGCAGCAGCAACAGAUCCACAUGCGUUUUGAGAUGGAGAUGGAGAGGAUGAAGCAGAUGCAUCAGAAAGAGUUGGAGGAUAAAGAAGAGGAGUUGGAGGAUGUACACAAGUCCUCUCAGAGGCGGCUGAGGCAGUUGGAGAUGCAGUUGGAGCAGGAGUAUGAGGAGAAACAGAUGGUGAUUCAUGAGAAGCACGACUUGGAAGGACUCAUAGCAACUCUGUGUGACCAGGUGGGGCACAGAGACUUUGAUGUGGAGAAGAAGCUGAGGAGAGACCUGAAGAGGACUCAUGCCCUGCUGGCCGACGCCCAGCUGCUUCUUUCCACCGUCGACAACCCGGGGCAGAACUUACCCAACGGCAGCAGAGAGCAGAUAGAGCGCCUGCACUGCCAGCUUGAGGAAAGCGAAGUGAGGCGGCUGGAGGCGGAGAGUGUGCAGACGACUCUCUCCCAGGAGCUGGAGAACUCUCAGAUUGAGCUGGAAAAUAUCUGCAAACAGAAGAGCAUGGUGGAUGAGCAGUUAGCCCUGCUGCAGCACGAGAAGGUGGACCUGCUGAAGAGACUCGAGGAGGACCAGGAAGACCUCAAUGAACUUAUGAAGAAGCACAAAGCGCUCAUUGCUCAGUCCUCCAGUGACAUCUCUCAGAUCAGAGAGCUUCAGGCUGAACUAGAGGAGGUGAAGAAACAGAGACACUCUCUCCAGGAAGAGCUGCAGCAGUGUGUGUCCAGGGUGCAGUUCCUGGAGUCGUCCACUGUGGGGCGUAGCAUCGUCAGUAAACAGGAGGCGCGUGUAUGUGACCUGGAGAAUAAACUGGAGUUUCAGAGAGGGCAAGUCAAGAGGUUUGAGGUGCUGGUGUUGCGUUUAAGGGACAGCGUGGUUCGUCUCGGGGAGGAGCUGGAGCAGAGCGCCCAGGCGGAGGCUCGGGAGAGAGAGAACGCCCGCUACUACCAGCAGCGUGUGCAGGACAUGAGGCUGGAGAUGGAGGAGCUGAUCCAAAGAGAGCAGGACAGCAGCCGCAGACGCAUGGAGCUGGAAAUGCAGUUGGAGGAGCUCAGCGCCGUCAGACAGGCGCUGCAGGCCGACCUGGAGACGUCCAUCCGCCGCAUCGUCGAUCUGCAGGCCGCCCUGGAGGAGGUGGAGUCGAGCGACGAGAGUGACUCUGAAAGCGUUCAAACUGCUGUGGAGUCCUUGACUCGAAAGAAAGACCUUGACUCGGUGUCCAGCGUUGGCUCCGUCGGGACGGAGGACGUUGGAGAGGGGAUUCGUCGCUGGUUAGGAGUGCCCAGGGGAGGGUCCCGGGGUGGUGGCUCUCUCUAUGGGGGCAGCCAAGGAGGGCGCCAGUCUGUCGCUGACACCAUGAGCACCUACAGCUUCCGCUCUUGCGUGGAUCCUGAUGACGAGGGCUCUGAGGCCGGAGGGGCUGGAACCAGAGGUCUCGGUCGAGCCCCUUCCUCCUCGGCUCUGUCUGAGCUGCUGGACGGACUUCGUAAGCGCAGGGCUGGCGGCGAUGCAGAAGACGGAGCAGGCAGCGCCGUCUCCCUGCCGAUUUAUCAAACAACCGCAGCCUCGACUCUCAGACGGAGAGCCUCGGCCCUCUCUCUCGGCCCUGAAGACCUCCAGCAGGCCCGGCCCGGACCCGGCAUCCUCAAACCGCCCUCCCCGCUCCUGCCUCGCGCCGCCAGCGCUCGCUCAAUCGGUGACGCUCAGACAUCUGCUGCCGCCUCCACAGCUGGAGCUAAACCCUCUCGCUUCAACUCAGGUGAUUCCCUCUCUUCACUUCCCUCGCUGCCACGCCUCUCCUCCUUGGCGUCCUCCCUCGCCGCUCGCCAUCAACCCCCCUCCCUGUCCAUCCCAGAGGAGGACCCAGAGGAUUCCCGCCGCUCCUUGACGACUCCCAUCCAGCGCUCCCCUCAGGCACUAAGGCGGAGCAUGCUGGGAAGUCUCGUUACAGAGGAUGGAGGUGAAGGCUCUCUGGGUUCAGAACCUAUUGUCUUCCAAAACCGCCGCCUGAUUGGGGAUAACGGCCGUGACGACGCGGCCUCCGACAUCCUGCCCGCCAUCCGAAGAGCUCAGUCCACCAGCAGCCUGGCCAGCUCAGUCAGAGGAGGCAGGAGGGCGCUGAGCGUCCACUUCGGAGAGCUGCCUCCUUCGAGCCGCAGCAGGAAAAGCUCUGAAACGGAGUCCUCCAGCUCCGGCGGGUCAGGAGGAAGCUCCCAGGGCGGGGGGCCCAGACGCCGGUAUGAAAGGCCGCAGGGAGAAAGACUGGAGGCGGAGGGCAGUGAGGGGGGAGACGUGGCUUCAGUCAUGAAGAGAUAUCUGAAAAAGGAGAGUGACUGAACCAGACGAGGUGAGUUCCCAGCCUCUUUCGGUUUCCACGUCCAGCUGCGAGCCUCACGGCUGCAGUCGAGGCCGAAUGAAAUCCUUCAGAAGUCAGCGAGUGUUUUUGACUCUACAUGUUGAUAUAAAAUGAAUAAAUAAAAAUCUAAUUAACUUA